UCUGAUGUUUGUGGAGUUGGUCCUCCGGUAUCCCAUGAUGCGUCAGUGUCCGCGCUGGUAAAUCGCGCAUGCGCAGUAGCUCAGUCUCUUUUGGCUCCGCAGCUCUUCUGUCAAAAUGGCCAAGCGCACCAAGAAGGUGGGGAUUGUGGGUAAAUACGGCACACGUUACGGAGCGUCGCUGAGGAAGAUGGUGAAGAAGAUCGAGAUCAGCCAGCACGCCAAAUACACCUGCUCCUUCUGCGGCAAGACGAAGAUGAAGAGAAGGGCUGUAGGGAUCUGGCACUGUGGCUCCUGCAUGAAGACCGUGGCUGGAGGCGCAUGGACGUACAACACCACGUCAGCCGUCACGGUCAAAUCUGCCAUCAAGCGUCUGAGGGAGCUGAAGGACCAGUAAACCAGACACCGUUUUCUACUGACUUCAUCAUGUGUUUUUCUUUCUAUGGCUCAUUUGAACAUCCCAUAAUAAAUCUGAGUCUUGAGCUGGA